AUGAAGAUGUGGACUGUGUCUGCACUGCUUUGUGCAAUGAUGGCUGUGACCGUCGGAGCUGCUGCGGACCUUCAUGUUUUUAGUAAAUCCUCAAACUGCCCCUGUGGAUGGACUGAGUUCCAGGACCGAUGUUACAUCUAUGUCUCAAAGACCAUGACGUGGUCUGAGGCUCAGAGAAACUGUCAGAACAUGAAGGCCAACCUCGCCUCCGUACGCAGCUUUGAGGAGUACACCGCCAUACGGGGUUUAACCGCUGUUGAUCAGUACGGAAGCACGUGGAUUGGAGCGUCUGAUGCUCAGCAGGAGCGUUACUGGUUCUGGGCUGAUGGCACUCCUUUCACCUUCACAUACUGGUGUUCUUAUCAGCCUGACCACAGCGGGGUUGGACCACAUUGUUUGCACAUGAAUUUCGGAGUCAACAAAUGCUGGGAUGAUGCUGAAUGUAAAGCUCGCUUUCCAUCUGUCUGUGCCAAGAGAGUUCUGGCAUAA